AUGGUUGAAGAAUUGAAAAUUGAGAAUUUGAGUCUUGGUGAGUGUUUUGAUAAAACUAACUGAAUAAUAAUUAUAUUUCUCAUAGAUUCGCUGAAAUAUUUGAAAUUCGAAAGAGUUGGAGCUGGAAAUGAUGUAGCUUUGAUAACUUUGAACCGACCACAAGCACUGAAUGCAUUAUGUAGAGAACUAAUGGUUGAAUUAUCGGAUUUGGUUUUGAAAAUUGAUUCGGACUCAUCUUUCAAGGUUAUAGUUUUAACUGGAAGUGAAAAAGCAUUUGCAGCUGGAGCGGAUAUCAAACAAAUGUCUGAAUUAGAAUUCACCGAUCUUCUCACUGGAUCAUAUUUCCAAAGUUGGGAUACAAUUUCAAAAAUUCGUAAACCAAUAAUUGCUGCUGUCAAUGGUUUUGCUCUUGGUGGCGGCACGGAACUUGCUUUGAUGUGUGACAUUGUUUAUGCUGGAGAAAAGGCGAUUUUUGGUCAACCAGAAGUUACGAUUGGAACUAUUCCUGGACUUGGUGGAACUCAAAGAUGGCCUAGAUUUGCGAACAAAUCAGUUGCGAUGGAAGUUUGUUUAACGGGUGAUAAAUUCAACGCAGUUGAAGCGAAAACUAUUGGACUUGUUAGUAAAAUCUUCCCAGUUGCUGAACUUGUUCAAGAAACUAUCAAACUUGCUGACAGAAUUGCGAAGAAUUCUCCAAUUAUAGUGCAAACUGUCAAAAAAUCAGUGAAUCUUGCAUAUGAAACAACAUUGGCUCAAGGUCUUCAAAGCGAGCAACAUUUAUUCCAACAAACUUUUGCAACUGUGAGUUUUUUUUUUAGUUUUUUUUACGGUAAAAUGUUGAAUUACAGAAUGAUCGAAAAGAAGGAAUGAAAUCUUUUGCUGAAAAACGGCAACCAAAUUGGACAUCUUCGUAA